CUCCGCUCCAUCUUUCAUAGACGCCCUGCGCACCACAAGGAUGAUGUAUUAGUUUUUGUUUUUGUUUUCUUCAGCAACAAUUCAUAGGGAGUCGUUUCGAUUUUAUACUUCACACAAUGUCGGCAUCCUUUCGCCCGCCGUUUGAUCCUUCACGGUUAACAAAGGCGACUGCAGCCGACUACUCAUCUUCGGAUUCAGACUCGGAGGACGAGAGACCGCUGCCAGGUCAAGAUAUUGACGAUGGCGAGUUUGGUGAUUACAAUCCGCGAAAGAAGCGGCGCGUUGGGGGUAAUAGUAAAGAAAAAGCAGCCCUUGGCAUCUUUGGAUCGGACAGCGAGGACGACAAACCCGGAUCGCGGUGGAAGCGCAAACCACUGCGCAGCAAGGCUAUGAACUUUGUAUCUACUACUACUGAGAAAAAGAAUAGCGACGAAGACGACGAUUCAGAAUCCGACAAUGUUCGACCGACUCUCCGAAAUGGAGCCGCCAAGGACAGCGACGCGGAUAUGGAUGAUGACGAUGACGAGGAUGGUCGUGCUGGCAUUGGCCUAGGAUUUGGAGGUAUGGCAAACAGUAUCGGUAGCUUUGUGCCGCCAUCGUUUUCGACCGAAUCGAAGCCGGCGAGCAAAAUAAGGACUUCUUUUAAAGGAGGCGGUGUUUUGGGAGUCGGCUUUGUACCAUCUUCCGCCGCCGCGCCAGUUCUGAAUACACCUGACGAUGAGCCUGCCCCGCCACCACGCAGUAAACCACAAAAAAGUGCCUUUAGCACUAGUGGAAAGAUUAAUGCAAGCUCAUUUGGUGCCCGAAUGAUGGCCAAAAUGGGCUAUGUGGAGGGCAAGGGUCUCGGUAAGGAAGGCCAGGGACGAAGCAUUGUUAUCGAGGCCAACCUCCGACCCCAGGGAGCCGGUUUAGGUGCUGUUAAAGAAAAGUCUGAACAGGAGAGGCAAGAAGAAAAAAGACAGGCCGCAGCGCGAGGCGAGACGAUAUCAGACUCUGAAGAAGAAAAGAGGAAGAAGAAGGCCAAGGCGAAACAGAAGCGACUUGGCAAUGCGUAUAGUAGCAGUGGCACCAGUACACCGAGAGGGCAAAAGCCCAAGUAUGUGACUGCAGAGGAACUCAAAGCUACUGCUCCCGGCCUGCACAUACCCGAAGCGUUUGCGCCUAUUUUGGAUAUGACUGGCCCCGGCGGCAAGAUGUUGACAUCUGCUACUGGUAUUAUGACCCCUACAACAGCAGCCGAGCCAGAGUCGGCAGAGCUUAUCGAAACCCGAAAGUUGGUAAAGCGUGCACAGGCUGACUUGGUAGCCUUCUCAGAAGAAUGGCGCAGCCUGGAAGAACGCAAAACUUGGCUUAGCUUGGAGCUGAAGGAGAAACAACAGGAAGUGGAUGAGAUGCAGGCCGACUUUGAUAAGCUGCAAGUCUUUUCAUCACUAGUCUCCGAUGAGCUCCUAGCAGCAGCAUCGUGGGAACAAGCUACAACCGCCCUACAAAAGGUGUCAGAUAUGGGCGCUGUUACGCCCGAGAUAUCAGACAUUGUCGUCGCUGCGAUUCACCCGUUUUUCAAGAACUGGGAUCCAAUUGCCGAACCUGGCCGCUUCACCACAGAGCUCAAAGCCAUAUCACCACUUCUCAUGGCGCAAGAUGUGCCUAGUGGCCGCGUUGACAAGUGGAACGCUAUGGCCACAGACAAUGACGGCGUAUAUCGACGACACCACAAAGCGACUACAACCUACGAAACCAUGAUGUACCAAAGCUGGCUACCACAAGUUCUGGCAGCGUCACGCACUUGGGAUGCCUUUGAUGCCGCGCCGAUGCUGAGUAUUUUCGAGCACUGGAGCGACUUGCUCCCUCCGUUUGUGCGUGCACAAUUUCUAGAGAACAUUAUCCGCAAACUGGACGAUAUGCUGUCGAGCUGGAACCCGCGCAUGAGGAAGUCAAACGAGCACAUGCCACAUACGUGGCUAUUCCCGUGGCUUCCACACCUACCAGCGCACCACCUUGAUCCCAAAGGCACUGGUAUGCUGGCAGAUGUCAAGCGCAAAUUCCGCCAUGUGGUGGAUUCAUGGGACUACUCUCGAGGUCUUAUUCCCGGACUUACACAGUGGAAAGAGCUUCUGGGAGAUCAAUGGCGGCCGCUCAUCAUGUCCCACGUCCUACCGUCCAUGGGCAAAUACGUGGCUCGCAACUUCAAAGUUGACCCAGCAGACCAAGAACCAUAUCUCCCUGCAUUGACAGGCGUGCUGAAAUGGCAAGGCCUCUUGGGGGAAGCUGUUGUUGGUGAGGUCCUGGCGCAGCAUCUGAUGCCAAUGUGGAGCGCAAAGCUUCGCGAGUGGCUUGCGCUUGGUGAAGUUAAUCUCAGCGAGGUUGCCGACUGGUAUACCUGGUGGCGCGGUGUUGUUUUGAAGGAUUUGAUAGCAGGCUCGCCCCCAGACAGCGCCAUAGCCGUUGAGCUGGACCGGGGCCUCGUGGUGAUGAAUAUGAUAUAGUGGGCUGUAAGAGAAGCAGCUUGUACAUACUACAUGAUAAAUACAACAACUUGUACAAUACAAAUACCAAAACAAAACGGCUACUUUAGACCCUGUGCCAAUAUUCGAUAGUCUGGUUCCUUCAGCGCAGGGUUUCCCAUGUUAUUACAGUCUAUUUACAGCGGGUGUUAGCGUAAGCGCGUGCUUGCUUUUGGCUGCCGAUCCGGCAUAAAAGGGGUAAACUGGUUGUAGGGGUCAAAGGACCAGGGGUUCUUUAUAGUGUAAAAUACAUUAACGUUGGACAAGAUGUGCAGCAGCUAUGAAAAAGAAAACGGUACAAAGAGAUAAAAAAAAAAGACAUAUGUGAAACUACCAGUAUUGUAGGAAACAUAGCCCAAGUAGUAGUUCCCAAACGACAGCGUUGCAGCGCAUGCCGCUAAACUUAC